CUCUCAUUCUUUGAAUUCCCUGAGGAACAGUAUUUGAGGUGAAGAGAGUGGGGGAGGGGGAGGCAUGUAGGGUUCGGUGAGCAUGAGGUGCUAACCUUAGAACUGCUCCACACUUGGCUUGUGAAGGAGGCGCUCCGAAGGGGAAGGGGAAACUGCGCCUGCUCCGCAUUAACUGGCUUCUCCGCGCCUCCGAUCGCAAGUCUUGCAAAUGUCAAAGCGCAUCACGCAUCAGCGCCAUCAAAGCUGUCAUCCCAUCCACAAGCCAGCAAUACUGUAUAUUUCGGUUGGUAACACAAUGCCGUCAGGAACAAUAUCCAUCUGCAAGUUCGUAGGGACAAUAAGCCUGGGGCUGCUCACAGGCGUCUCAGCCUCCCUCGCUACCCUGACCCUUCCGUCUCUUCUCACCCUCAAGACCGCAACAACCGCCCGCACAACACUCUCAUAUCUCUCUUCCCGUACGAAGGUACUCUCGACAUAUUUACGUGGUAUCACCGCCUUCACGCUUUUCACUGCGUACAUUCUUUCACCCCGCCGUUUCCGUCAUCCUUAUCUACUAUAUACCUCCAUCUUCGCGUUCGUCUCAGGCCCAGGCGUAGAUUACGCCAUCGCAUAUUCCGAAGGAACGAACGAAGGGAGGAAUCAGCUGGACUUGGAGGCUCAAGGCGACGACGUGAAUGGAGAGCAAGUACGACAGGCUGUUGAGAGGAUGAGGUUUACCGAAGGAGUAAGAGCUGCUGUUGCCGGUGUGGCUUUUGCAAUGGAGGUUAUUGGUAUCUGGGGGGAUGGGGCGUAAUAUCGCCUAGCUCGCUGUGCGGAUAAAGAAAAGGUGGAAUCAUGGCGUGUCAGGUGUGUUGAUGAUGGAAUGCUGGAGUUCGGUAGAGUGAUCAGUUUGCUGCGACAUAGCAAGUUUAUAUCCGCUCAGGUAACGACACGAUUACGGUUUGGGAUCGGUAUAUGGUAUAUGUAGCAACUCUCCUAUCCGUUAUAUCUUGCUCUUUGUACAUCACAGAAAUUUCAUGGCCUCUCGCCAUUCCCUUCUCUA